GAACUCACAAAAGUAAAUCAUCAAUAUCUUUGACUUUUUGACUUCAUAGUUUCGAUCGUAAAGCUACUGAAAAUGGUGAAGUUGGCAUUUGGUGAUUUUGGUGAUUCGUUCAGUGUUGGCUCACUCAAAUCGUAUUUAGCUGAGUUCAUUGCCACACUUCUUUUUGUGUUUGCGGGUGUUGGGUCAGCUAUUGCUUAUGGUAAGCUCACAGCAGAUGCAGCAUUAGAUCCUGCUGGGCUGGUAGCUAUUGCAGUUGCUCAUGCUUUUGCACUAUUUGUCGGGGUCUCAAUGGCAGCCAACAUCUCAGGUGGCCAUUUGAAUCCGGCCGUCACCUUUGGAUUGGCUAUUGGCGGCAACAUCACUAUCCUAACCGGCUUAUUUUAUUGGAUUGCCCAAUUACUUGGUGCCAUUGUUGCUUCAUUCCUUCUCCAGUUUGUCACUGGAGGACUGGCUGUUCCAACCCAUGGAGUUGCUGAUGGCAUGAAUGCUAUCCAAGGAGUAGUGAUGGAGAUUAUCAUAACAUUUGCCCUAGUCUACACAGUUUAUGCAACUGCAGCAGACCCCAAGAAGGGUUCACUAGGAACCAUCGCACCCAUUGCAAUUGGGUUCAUUGUUGGAGCUAACAUCUUGGCUGCCGGCCCAUUCAGUGGUGGUUCAAUGAACCCUGCUCGAUCAUUUGGACCUGCUGUUGCUAGUGGAGACUUCUCAGAGAACUGGAUUUACUGGGUUGGACCACUUAUCGGCGGUGGUCUAGCUGGGCUUAUCUAUGGUGAUGUUUUCAUCGGAUCAUACGCUCCACUACCAGCCUCUGAAGACUAUGCCUAAAAAGUUCUAGUCGUUUCGUGGUUUUCAAUUGUAUUUCAUGUUUAUUUAAGGGUUGAAAUUGUAAUAUCCUCUUUGUUUGGGGAUCAUUUUGAGAAUUAUGGAAGGUAAAGGGUCAAUUUUGACGAGAUACUAAUGUAUCUUAUUCACAUUUGACCACACCAUAAUCUCCCAAGUUUGUAUCUUUAUCUUCCUUUGGAAAAUCCUAAGCUUGUAAUCUUGAUAUGUGAAUAAGUGUUUAUAUCUCCUUUUGAAUCUUAA